AUGAGUGAACACACUGAAACUUUUGUAAAUAAUAUUACAAAUAACAUUAAAAAUAAUUCGUUACAAAAGGAAAUUUCUGAUUUCAUUAGGUUAAUUAAUGAGCUAAAAUUAAAAAUUAAAGAAAUAAAAGAACAACUUGCCUCAACUAUAACAAAAGCGAAAAACCAUGAAAUAAAAACAAAUCAAGGAAUAUCAUUACUUGAAAUAAAAUAUCAUACAUUAUUGGAAUAUAUUACUUCUUUAACUUUUAUAAUUUAUAUGAAAUUAAAUGGUCAAUCAAUACAAAACCAUCCUGUUAUUGAAAAUUUAAUUGAACAAAGAAUUGUUAUAGAAAAGUUAAAACCUUUAGAACAAAAAUUAAAAUAUCAAAUCGAUAAAUUAAUUAGAGCUACUAUCGUUGAUAACAAUGAUGAUAUCAAGUUGAACAAUAAUAAUAUAAGUGGGAAUAGUUUGACAUUGUCUGAUCCUUUGUCAUUCAAACCGAACCCACAGAAUCUUGUAACUAAAUUUGAUGGAACAAAUAAUGUUGGUUCGAACACUGGAGUUUACAAAGCACCAAAAUUGGCCCCAGUACAUUUUGAAGAAGACAAAGAUGUCAAAUCUAAAAGAGAACAAGAAGAAUCAAGAUUAUCAUCAAGAGCGUCAAAAUCUCGUUUAAUAAAAGAUUUAAUAGAUGAAUACGAUGAUCGUCCUGAAGAAUCAAGAAUAAUAGGUUCUACCAACAAUAUUCCAGAUACUCAAAAUAAUGACGAUAUUGAAUUAGAAGAAAGGUUACGUUAUGAAGAAGAAAACUUUAUUAGAUUAACUCUUUCUAAAAAAGAUUUAAAGAAACUAAAGAAGAAUAAAAGAUUUGAAGAUGAAUUUGAGAAUUUGAACGAUUUUAGCAGUAUUGCGACUUUACACCAAGAUGUUGAAGCUUCGGAAAAAGAGCGUACCAGUGUUCUUGGUAGACGUAACGCAAGACGCGAUUUACUUCAUCAAGAUAUGUCUGAUGGUGGUGAUGAGGCUUUAUCUUCUAAACGUGGUGGAAAUAAAAAUGGGCUAUUUAACGGAUUAAUAUCUGAUCCGUCACAAAUUAAAAAACGAAAAGAUAAAUUUAACAUGGCAAAGAAGAAUCUAAAAAGACAAAAACGCAAAUAA